AUGGGUUUGACAAAAUCCAGUCGAAUGAUUUCAAUGAUUGGUUUGACGUUCGUGUUUCUUCUCGUGGAAAUCAUCACAGGCUACGUGACUAACUCCAUGGCGCUCGUGACGGAUUCCUUUCACAUGAUUUCCGACUUUGUGGCACUGGUCGUUGGUCUUGUUUGUGUACGGAUUUCAAAAUGGCCGAGUAAAAGGAACACAUUCGGCUGGAUAAGAGCGGAAGUGCUGGGAGCGAUGGUGAAUGCCGUUUUCCUCCUAGCUCUCUGCUUCUCCAUCUUUGUGGAAGCUUUAAAGAGGUUGUCUCAAGUUCAGGAAGUCAACAAUCCCGAACUCUUGAUGGUCGUCGGCGCCUGUGGCCUGCUAAUCAAUGUAAUCGGCAUGAUGCUGUUCCAUCAGCAUGGUCAUAGCCAUCUCCAUAGCCAUCUCCAUAGCCAUGAUCAUUCUGUUAGUGGUGGUGGUCACAUAGAAGACAUACGUUCCCUUGGUGACAGGGUGCCGAGUCACGGCGACGCCCACGACGCCCACGACACUGCUGACGGCAGACAGUCUGAUACCAUGAUAAACAUCGAGGAUGGAGAUGAUAUUUCUCUAGAAAAAGGAUCCCAAAAAUUAGAAUCAGAAGGACAUCUGAAUAUGAGAGGUGUGUUUUUACACGUUCUGGGAGACGCACUGGGAUCCGUCAUAGUCAUCAUCAGUGCCCUGGUGAUCUGGCUAGUCGAAGACGACUGGAGGUAUUACGUUGAUCCGGCCUUAAGUCUUAUCCUGGUUGGAAUAAUAUUGUUUUCUACGAUUCCACUUUUUAAAGAGUCAUCGUUCAUUCUACUUCAAAGUGUGCCAUCGCACAUUCAAACAGAUCGAAUUCGAGGCAAGUUGGAAAAGCUACAGGGCAUUCGAGCAGUGCAUGACCUACAUAUCUGGCAGCUGGCUGGAAGCCAUAUCGUGGCUUCCGUGCAUGUCAGGUGUGACAGUAUCCACAAAUAUACCGUUCUCGCAUCCGAAAUGAAACAACUGUUUCACAAUGAGGGCAUAGAAUCAACCACCAUUGAGCAGGAAUUUAGUGAGGCAUACAUCUGCAGUCCUGGUGGUAUUACUGUCAUCGAUGUAAGCCAACUCUGA